AUGGUUGGCAAGACUUCAAUCAUCUAGAGAUUCAUUGACAAUAUGUUUGUUGAUAAUAACGGCACAGCUCCAACACUAGCAUGGGAUUUCAAAGUAAAGACUUUGCAAGUUGAAGGAGACUCAGUAGAUGUCGAUGCAUCUUAAAAAGAAGUGGAAAAUGUGCGACUCUAUGUUUGGGACACUGCUGGCUAGGAGAGAUUUAGACAUAUUGCAAGGAUGUACUAUAAAGAUGUAUCUGGUGUAUUGCUAUGCUUUGACUUGACAGACGAGGAGUCCUUUAAGAAUGUCAAUUUUUGGCUGAGUGAUCUUAACAAGCAUGCUCCCUCGAAGCUUGUGAAGGUACUUGUAGGCAAUAAAUGUGAUCUCUGUCUUUCAAACCAGGCCAAAUCUAGUAACCCCCAGAUGAAUAUAAUGUACUACUAUGAGUGCAGUGCUAAGACAGGUAAAAAUGUUAAUGAAAUAUUCCAAAAACUGGUAAAUGAGAUCAAUACUAUUGCUAAAUAAAACAUUAACAUGAGAAUAGAGUUUAACAGUGACAAGGCGAUAAGUGUACUCGAUGAAGCUCUAGAUAGAAGAGGUCCAGGCAAAAAGCUCAAGGGAGAGAGGAGUUCAAGCUCAGGACUAGAGAAAAAAAAGAGCAAGUGCUGUUGA